CAACCAAACCACAAUAAAACUCGGAAGUUCGUUUCAGUCUCAGAGACUGGAGAGAGUGUAUGGAGAUCUGUUUCAAAAACUUUCUAGCUUGCAGCUUUUUUUUCUUCUUCUAAAAAUUGACAAUUAUACAGAGAGAGAGAAACUAAAGGACCAGAAUUUAUGUAUUAUUAUUAUUAUUAUUUUUAUUAUUACAUGCUGUGUGUGUGUGUGUGUGUGUGUGUACUUUAUAACUUUGUAAAUGAAAAUCUGGGAUGAAAUGAGAUUUAUGAAAUAGGGGAUUAUAAAAGUGAAUUUUAUCUUUUCAUUUACAUUAAUUUUGUUAUUGAGUUUUUUUUGGGGGGGGGUGGUUUGUUUCUUUAAACAAGAAAAGGCUGCAGUCUGUGGACACGCUAGCGGCUGAGGAAGUAGAAACAGAAGACAUCACGCUGCAAGCUUCUGUUUUUCCAUUCAGUUCUGCUUUUACUUUACUGUAAGAGACGAAUCAGUCUUUCUUUUUUUUAAUUUGCGUUCUGGUGUUUUUCUUUUAAAUAUUUUGGUGUUUCUGCAGCGCUGGGCAGCGAUCACUGAAUGAAUGAACGCUGUUGGAAGGAAUACCCAAUCGCUCCAACAUCCAGUAACCUGUUUAGUUUUGGAGAGUUUAAAAGACUAUUUUGUGUUUCAUCUUUUAAUAAUACAUUUUUUAUUAAUUAAUCUUAUUCUAGAUGGUGGGGGAAUAGAAUUAAAAUAAUACAUAAAUAUAUAUUAUAAAAACUGUAUGUAGUGUUUGUUUUGUUUUAAUCCACGGAUACAUAUCAUUUCAAGAAAUCUGUCUGCUGCUUUGUUUUGUUCGUAAUUAUCAUUAUUAUUAGAAUUCUCUGUAUAUCACGAAGGCACUUGAUUAUUUUCUCACGUUAUUUUUCUAAGAAAAGAUACAACUUGAGGACGGCGAAAGAAACAUUUUUCAAACUUGGUUUAGCAGUUCUCAUUGUCGUCGUCAUCAUUAUUAGAAUCCCAUCCAUUUUUUAAGACAAGGAAGGAAGGAAGGAAGGAAGGAAGGAAGGAGCUGUCUUGACAGUUUUCUUAGAACUGCAAAAAGUAAAAACUUGUAAAACUUAAGGAAGCAAGUGGUUAAGUAGUUGUGUGAUCUCCGUUCCCCACCACACACACAAACACACACACACACACACACACCCAGUGGAGAGACACAGACAGAGAGAGAGAUGGAGCUGAAGAGCUUUCUGCUCCUGUGCUCGGCUCUCCUCCAGUUCCUGCCCUGGACUCUCUGCAUGUCCACCUGCAAGACCCUGGACAUGGAGCUGGUGCGCAAGAAGAGGAUAGAAGCGAUCAGGGGCCAGAUCCUCAGCAAGCUGAAGUUCUCCAAGGAGCCCGGGAGCGAGAGUGAGGAGCCAGCUGUGCCCCAGGAGAUCGUCUCUCUCUACAACAGCACCCUGGACAUGGUGCAGGAGAGCGCCCGGGAACAGACGGAGAGCGCCUUUCGAGAGAACCCCCAGGAGGAGUACUUUGCAAAGGAGCUGCACAAGUUCGUCAUGACCAGAAGUAAGUCUCUCGCCCGGAUCCAGAUAUUCUUCAACAUGUCUCAGAUGAGGAGGAACAUCUCUAGCGAGGCCCUGAUUCACUACGCAGAGCUGAGGCUGUUCGUGAAGCAGUCCACCUUGCAGCCUGAGAAGGAGCAGAGAAUAGAGCUGUACAAGGGCAUCGAGGGCGAUGUACCUGACUCUCGGUUUGUAUCGCAGCAGGACCUGAGUUCGUGGAUUUCUUUCGAUGUGACGAAAGCCGUCAAGGAGUGGAUGCAGAGCAGCGAGGAGGAGCAGGGCUUUGAGCUCAAACUGCACUGCCCUUGUGGGGCUCAAGCUGAGACCUUUAAAGUCACAUUUUACAGUCUUGAAAAUGUACGCGGGGACCGCCGCUCGAUCGCCGCCAUUCAGAAUUAUAAGACCCCCCACAUCCUGCUCAUGUCAGUCCCGCAGGAUCGGUCCGAAUCACCAGGAUCGUCCCGGAGCAAACGAGACGUGGCGUCACAGUCCUGCCUGGGCUCCACAGAGAAGAAUUGCUGUGUGCAACCUCUUUACAUCGACUUCCGCAAGGAUCUGGGCUGGAAGUGGAUUCACGAGCCCAAAGGAUACUACGCCAACUUCUGCAUGGGGCCCUGUACCUUCAUCUGGAACGCAGAUAACAGAUACUCACAGAUCCUGUCUCUCUAUAACCAUCACAACCCAGGAGCGUCCGCCCAGCCCUGCUGCGUCCCCCAGGUCCUAGAGCCCCUCCCCAUCCUCUACUACGUGGGGAGACAGCACAAGGUGGAGCAGCUGUCUAACAUGGUCGUCAAGUCUUGCAAGUGCAGCUGAGAGAGCGACAGAGUGGGGGCUCGAACCCGCAACCCCUCCCCCCCAAUCCCUCCCUGGACACCCCACCCCAAAGACUGCACGGGGCAGGGGGUGGCUAGAUUUAGCAUCCUUAUUUAUUUAUAAAAAACAUGAGAAAAAAUGGGUCCAUUGAUUUCAUUGCAGGUACGCCUGGACUCAAGUUUGCAAACCUGCAAUUUAGUGAUUCGGUGGACUUGACUUGGUUUAACUUGAGUGGCUGACUGAAUGGCUUUUCUCAAAAGCAGAUGUCAAACUUGUUUUUUGUUUUGUUUUGUUUAAAUAGAAGUCUUGUUUGUUGUUGGAUAUGUUACCACGGGUCUGUGUGUGUGUGUGUGAGCUAACUUUUAGUCCACAAAUUUCCUCCCAGCCAGUUGAACCACUGUGUCCCGCUGUUCCUUUAAACUGUGCAUUUUAUUUUGCCCAGCAAAACCAAGAUGCGGGGUGCAUUGAGUGUAGGAAACCAGCUUGGGUGUGACUUACUAUUAAAUACACAGUAAAACCAGGAAUUGAUCAAAUCGCUAUGCAGUGAGAGUCUUAUUUCUGCAGGAUCUGAACUUCAACAUGCCAGCUAUUUAAUAAUCCUGACACUGAAUCUUAUAACUCUCACUGAUGUCGUGGAUUAAAGCGAAGGUGAACCACUGUGAACCACCCGGAGCGGAGGGCAAGCACGUGGAAGGAUUUCAGACGGACCCAGCGAGACUGCAAGACUUUAUCCCACGAGUUCUGAAACCGCACAAGCUUAGUAAAAACAAUAGAAAAAAAAUUAUAAAAAAAAAAAAAAAACAGCUAUCUUGUUAGAUUUCGAAAUGUCACAUUGUUCAAUUUUUUCUCUCUAAGUAUAUGAGAAAACUCCAAAGCGGUGUGUAAUUCAAUAUGUCAAUGUAACAUUUUUCAGCAGGUUUCAUUCGAAUUUAAUGACGGAAAAUCAGUUCUUUCUCUAGGGGGAUGCAAAACUGUUGGCCACAGGUGUUCUGAUACUUGUAUUUGCCUUUUUAAGAAGUGUUUUAUCAGAAGGUAUUAAAUAAGUUAAUGUGUGGACUUCCAAACAAGAAAAGCUGUCCUCCACUUACCUUUACAAUGGUCCUACUCAAUGGCAAUUAACUUAGCACUGAGAGUUUUAAAAGCUGAUUUGGAAGCGGAUUAUCCUGUCAUCCGGGGCGUUGAUGUUUUUACUGACGCAGUGAGGCUGUGAACUGGCAGUGCCGAGAAGGGACGGGAGAGGUAUGAUGGUGUCUCCUUCUACACAUGCAGGGAGGAGAGGGGAAAGGGAGAGGGAGGGAACAGGUCAGGGCUUUCUUGUUGUCAAGGCACCUGUCAUUGUGGUGUAACAUCAUUUUUUCCCCUGUCAAAACAAAACCACGUUGUUAAUGUUUGUAUUCUUCUUCUUCUUCUUCUUCUUAUUAUUAUUAUUAGAUUUUAUUACUUCAUGAUGAACUGCUUGUAUACUGCUGGUGGGGGUAGUUGAUGUAAAAGUCUCUGUUGCUGUUGUUUUUUUCACUUGUAAUGUUUAAAUAAACACUUUUUUUUUUUUUUU